ACUGCUAAAAUCUUGGGAAUUAAACCUAAAAACUAUCCAUAUGGACACGAACUAGGCGAAGAGGCAUUCAAAGAGGCUAUUAAUUUUUCCAAGAAAGCAUUUUCAGAAAGAGAAAUAGAUUUUGAUGAUAAGGAAAUAUGA